UCUGAACAGGAGCCCACCGUCCACUUCUGACAUCAUGACCCACUGCUGCUCCCCUUGCUGCCAGCCUACGUGCUGCCGGACCACCUGCUGCAGGACCACCUGCUGGAAGCCCACCUGUGUGACCAGCUGCUGCAGCACACCCUGCUGCCAGCCCUCCUGCUGUGUGUCCAGCUGCUGCCAGCCCUCCUGCUGUGUGUCCAGCUGCUGCCAGCCCACCUGUGUGACCACCUGCUGCCAGCCUUCCUGCUGCAGCACACCCUGCUGCCAGCCCACCUGUUGUAGGUCCAGCUGCUGUGGCCAGACCAGCUGUGGGUCCAUCUGUGGUCAGACCAGCUCCUGUGCACCUGUGUACUGCACGAGGACCUGCUACCACCCCACGUGUGUCUGCCUGCCUGGCUGCCUAAACCAGAGCUGUGGAUCCAGUUGCUGCCAGCCCUGUUGCCGCCCAGCCUGCUGUGAGACCACCUGCUGCCAGCCCACCUGUGUGACCAGCUGCUGCCAGCCUUCUUGCUGCUGAUCAGUUCCCAAAAGGACCAUCAUCCUCACAAGACGGCGCUCUGACAACCUUCUGUCCUCCACUUGGAGGACAAAUUAACUUUCAAACUUUGCUGACAACCAGCAUGCUCACCCUAAUUUUUAUGACUUCUCUGCAUGUUUAACAUCUUAUGAAUCAGCUUGAGUGAGGGCAGAAUACUUCAGCCUGAUUCUCUCUUUCUUUACACUUUGUGGAUCAUGUGCUAGCUUUAUGUAUUUUCAAUUUGGAGUCAUGGUCUCAGCUUGACUCUAAAAUCAAGAGCUUCAUUAUCUUUCUCUAAGAAAGUUAGUUUUUGUAAGUGAUCAAUAAUCUUCACAGUCUUUUUCCUUUUCGAUGUCCUCCUCAUGGCUCGUAUCUUUCUUCUUUUCAUGAUCACUUUUGGUUUUCUCCCUAGAAACAGGAAUUUUUGCCUAUAUAUUUCUUAAUAAACUCAAAACCAUUCUUCAUCUUA